CCCCUGUUUCCCGUCCUUCAGCGUUGAGCAGUUCUGAGCUCUGCCCCCUCCCACCGCCGCCGAAAAAAGAAAACUAGGGUUAGGGUUGUGGAGGCGGCGGCUCCUAAAUUCCCGAUCCCGAUCGCCAUGGCCACCGGAGUCGCGCGACAGUCGGCGGAGGAGACCGCCAUGGCCACCGAAGUCGCGCCAGAGACAGAGGAGAAGACCGUUGUCUUCCCCGAUUGGGUGAUGUUGGAUCGCUUAGGCCGCACCUACAUCCACGCCGACCUAGACGCUGCUCGUGAGGCGGCCAAUAAGAAGAAGACCGCCGUUGAAAUCGUCACGGCCACCGGCCACCGCUGCUGCUUGUCCUUCGCCUUGUCGGAUCGUCCAGAAGGGAUCUCUUACCUCGAUCUCCACUGGCCGCCUGAAAGCUCAGCCAAACCCGCCCGUAUCCCCUACAGCCUGCCCGCGUAUCCCUACGUCCGGGCAACCGACGAGGACCUCGUCCUCUUCGACAUCGACAUCGACAUCAACUCGCCAUCAGAUCUGUUCGUCUACACGGCCGGUCCUUCCCCCUCGGUGCAGCGGCUCCCUCUGUACACUGGGCCCAGCGAACGGCCGGGUUGCAUGAGGUCCAACUCCACCGCAGGCAUCCUGCGGCUCGCGGACGACCACUACAUCGUUUCCGACCUCAAUGUUGUCUGGCCAAACACAGAGGAGGGCUCUGACAAUUACUCCAUGUUCGCCGAACUCUGCGUCUUCGACUCCAAGACUGAAAAGUGGGCACACUUCCUCCAGCCGCAACAAGAGAUCCUCUGGUCAACCGACGCUGUGCUCGCUUUCGACCGCCAGUUCAUCUGCUGGGUUGACUAUUUGAUGGGCGUCCUGCUGUGUGACUUCUCCAACCUUGGGUCCCCGGUGCUUCAAAUCGUGCAUUUCCCUGGAAAAGCAGACUACUCCGAGCAGGUAGAGGUCUCAAGGUGCUUAGCGUCGAGAUUCCGAACUGUGGCUGUCCACCAAGGCAUGCUGCUCUUCGUCCACAUUGAGAAUGAUUAUGAUGGCUCGUGUCAGCGUAUCGAGACAAGCCGAGGGCAGCAGCAGCAGCCUCCUCCCCAGAAGAUCACCAUAUGGACUUUGAACCUGAGGGAGAACCUGAGGGAUGGUAACUCCAAGUCUGGGUGGAAGAUACAUCGCCAGAUUAACCUGCAUUGUCUCUGGGCGCAACUUGAUUACCAAGAUCUGGGCAUAGGUCAGCGUCUUCCUGAGUUCCCAGUCUUCUGCGCAAAGGAUCCGGAUGCCCUGUGCUGCCUACUGAGGGACGAGAGGAAACCUUCUGGACAGCCGUGGAUGAUCAUGAUUGAUAUGAACCAUGCAUAUCUGCGGUCAUGUACUGAAUACAUCAAUGAACGGCCCUACGGCCCUUAUUGCACGAAUGCAGAAGCUGUGAAAGCUCACAAAAACUUCUUUUCCAAUAUUCCCCUACUUCCAACUGUCUUCUCCAAAUACCUUGUAAGGCCAACAGGGAUACCACGCGACAACAACAAGGUGACAACUCCUUUGGAAAUCAUAAGUUUGCAAUGUGAAGAUGAAGACCUGGAAUCUGGUGACUGGGAUCGGGACAUUUUGGACUUUGAAAUUUAAGAUGCUGUUGCGCGGUGCAGACAGAACCAACUCAACAGUGCGAAUACCACAUUCAUGGUCUGAAGAUGUUGUACUGAUUAAUAUCUAUUGUUAGUAAGAGUAAACGAUACAUUUUCUGAAUCCUGUAAUCAUAUGUUUAAGGCCCUGCCUCUUCAAAGUUUGAUAUUGAACACCAUUUCUUUCAUCAUUUGUAAGGGGGAAAAAGGCCUAGGCCUUGAUAUCUAUUACUCCCUUUGUCUAGUA